CCGGAGAAGGAAGAUUUUAAAGAGCUCACACUUUCCACCUAUCGUCAUGACUGACAUCAAGUUGGCUCUACUGGGGAGUGAGGGCACUGGAAAAACAGCUGUUCUGGUGAGAUUCCUGACAAAACGUUUUAUUGGAGAAUAUGCUUCCAGUGCCAAUUGCUUAUACCAUAAAAGGCUGUCCAUUGAUGGAAGACAACUAAACUUGGAAAUAUUUGAUCCAUGCUCACAGACUGAAGGCAGCAGAUGUAUUUUGGAGGAGCCUGUGAACUGGGCAGAUGGAUUUGUGGUAGUGUACAACAUCAGUGACCGAAUGUCCUUUCUCCACGCCAAAAGCGUCCUGCGGCAGAUCAAAGAGACCCGAGAGGAGCACCGUAAGGGAUUGGCAGAUGUCCCAGUCUUUCUGAUAGGGAACAAGCAGGACCUGUGCAACGCUCGGCAGGUAUGUGAGGAAGAAGGCCGGUCCUCAGCUCAGGAAGACCGAUGCCAUUUCCAGGAAGUGUCUGCAGCUGAAGACUAUUUGGAGAUAUCCAACCUCUUCAUAAAACUCAUCCGUCAUGUGAUGGAGAACCUUAAGCACCGUGCAGACCGCAGACGCUACAGUGGCUCCAAAUCAAUGGCCAAGCUCAUCAAUAAUGUCUUUGGCAAAAGGCGGAAGUCUGUCUGAGGGACUAAAUCAGUUACAUUAAUGGAUGUAACCAAACAUGUUGUCUGUCUGGAUACUCUCGGCAUUUUCUACUGGUAACAUUUAUUGCUCAAUAAAUGUUCUAAUAAAUAUCCCCAACAACUGAAAAUUAAUGUAUUCAAUUCCACACUUAAUAAAAAAAAACAAUGAAGAAUUU